AAAAUUUAAUCGCAAUUUGUUUUUUUUUUCUUUAAUCAACCUUUGUUGUGAAUUUGUUGAUCAUUUAUAUUUUUUAACAGAUUUGUGAGAUUUGUUAGCACAUCAGAAGUUCUUGAGAGAUUUGUGACAGUAGAGAAAGAGAUCGAGUAGAUUAAGAGUUUAAUUUUUAGUCAGAUGAAGCUGCUGUGGCUACAGAUGCAAAUGGUUGUGGAUGCUAAUAGUGGGCAAGGUUUUUCCCCAAUUAAUCGUUCCUCUUCACGUUCAAGCCAACACCUUAUGUCUUGCCAAAAUGAAAGUAAUGAAGAAAACGAUGGGCAAAGGGAUUGAAAGGCAUGUUUGUAUCUCUUCUUGGAUCUGUAAUUUCUACCACUAAGCAUUUAAUUGAACUUCUUUGGAUUCUGCAAUUUCUAUUUUCGCUUAGAUUUGUUGUUUUGAGAUUGAUUUAUAUCUAUGGAAUUCCUUUUUUAUGAUUGCUAAUUUAGUGCAUCAAUUAACUGAUUUUUUUUUUAAUUUUAUGGCCUUUUUUUAUUGUGUUGAAUAGUUUGAUCUGCAUAGACUAGCUUAACUUGAGCGGUUGUGUGCUUCGGUGGGAUUGGUUGUGUGCUUUGGAGGGAUUGAUUCGUCCAAAUGGUUAGGAAAUUUCAAAGUUGUGUUUUUUUCUUUCCUGUUUGUGUGUAAAUGGUUAGGGAUUAAUUAGUGCUUUGGAGGGAUUGAUUUUGUAGGUCAGAAAAAUGGCAUUAGUAAUAAGUGCAGGAGAAAAUGAUAAAAUAAAAGUAAAUUAUCAAU